GCUCUCGACGGGCUCGUGGUGCCGGUAGCUCUCGACGGGCUCGUGGUGCCGUUGCUCCCGGGGGCCCUGCGCGCAGAGGCGCGGUUGCUCCUGGACGUCGUCUUUUUAGAGGCAGGUGCUGGCUUCACCCUGUGCGAGGCUUGUGUGAUGUUGUUGCUCUGCUCGACCCAUAAAUCGGUGACUUCGUCGCCCCAGACUGGUUCCACGGAGAAAAUUUAGCCAGCGCGGUCUAAUGUUGUCCGUUUUGCUUAAGAUGUGAAAAUACGGAGAGGGGAGAGGGGUGGUUGGGAUUUAGGACAAGAAGAGGAGAGUAGAGAAAAGUGUGAGCCGCUCACCGCGAUAGCCAAACUUCCUGACAAUCUCGUCGGAC